GUAUAACACUUGUGGACGGGAGUCUGCAACCUCAUCUCUGAGAGCUGCUUGUGAUCAUACUGACGGAGGGUUUGGUGUUCGAGGAGGAGCGACCGCCGCCGCCAAAUCGUGCCCCCCUGGCCCCCAUGCUGGAGUUUGUCUCCGCCCAGACGGGGGUUCCCGUGGUUGCCGUAGGGGGAGGGGCCAGCCUGGGACGAGAGCCACAGGAAAGCGGCUCCAUCUACCUCCAGUUCACCUGCUCCACCUCCCUCCAGCUCGAGGUCAUCUUCGAGGUGCUUGAAGAGUACGACUGGACCUCCUUCUCUGUGGUGACCACGCGUCACCACGGCUACGAGGACUUCCUGGCUAUGGUGGAGGGUAUGACGGACGGCUCGUUCAUCGGCUGGGAUAAGAAGAGCGUGGUGAUUCUUAACGUGACUGAUGACCCUGGCGGAGCUCGGACAAAACGGCUGCUCAAAGACAACGAAGCCCAGGUCCGUCUGCUGUACUGCUCCCUGGAGGAGGCGGAGCUGGUUUUCCGGGCAGCCGUGGCGGCCGGUCAGGCCGGGUCCAGUCACAUGUGGUUUGCCGUGGGACCGGCGCUGUCCGGUUUGGGCCUGGAGGGGCUGCCCAAGGCCUUGUUCGCCAUCCGGCCGCAGGGCUGGAGGGACGAGCCACGAAGGCGCAUUGCCAAAGGCGUCUCGGUGCUCACCCACGGGGCGAUGGCUCUGCGGAGGGACCUGGGGACCAACAGCCGCUCGCAGUACGCCGGCAACUGCCAGAGUGACGGCAACCAGACCCACCGAGUGCCAGACAGAAUCAGGUACUUCAGCAACAUAUCCCUCGGUGGGCGGGAUUAUUCCUUCAACAGUGACGGCUACCUGUCCAACCCGCUGCUUGAUGUCAUCUCCUACACCAAUGGGAGAGGCUGGGAGGAGGCUUUAGAUGAAUUUGACGGGAGACUUUGGUCAAUCACAGGUGUUGGCUAUGAAACAGGUCUUUGA